AUGGGUAAACUUGAAGGAAAAAUUGCUCUCAUCACAGGAGGUUCUGAUGGUAUUGGUUUGGCUACUGCUAAACGAUUUGUCGAUGAAGGAGCAGAACAUGUUUUCAUCACUGGACGACGUCAAACUGCACUUGAUGAAGCCAUAAAAAAGAUUAAUAGCAAAAAUGUCACUGCUGUGCAAGGAGAUGUAUCCAAUAUGGCUGAUCUUGAUAGAUUAUACAGCUUGAUUCAAAAAGAAAAAGGUCGUUUAGAUAUUCUCUUCGCUAACGCUGCAAUUUUCGAGACCGCACCAAUUCAUUUAGUUACUGAAAAACAUUUUGAUGAUACAUUCAAUAUCAAUGUUAAAGGUGUUUUAUUUACUGUACAGAAAGCUUUACCAAUUUUUGCCAAUGGUGGAUCGAUUAUAUUGAAUGCAUCAGUUGGAUCUAUCAAAGCAUAUCCAAAUGAAAGUGUUUACAGUGCUUCAAAAGCGGCUGUUCGAUCUUUUGCUCGGUGCUGGACAGUCGAUCUAAAAGAACGUCAUAUUCGAGUAAAUGCUGUAAGUCCAGGACCAAUAGAUACACCGAUACUAAGAAAUGUAGGAAACACUGAAAACGAACAGAAAGAAUAUGUCGACGCAUGUGCAGCUGCUACAACAAUGAAUCGUCUGGGUACACCUGAUGAAGUUGCUAAAGUUGUGGUUUUUCUUGCUUCAGAUGAUAGUAGCUACGUAACAGGUAUAGAACUUUUCGUUGACGGUGGUAUGGGACAGAUUUGA